CUGAGCUUUCUAGUUGUGUGAGCCUGAAGGCUGCUGUGGUGCAGACCCUAGCCUAGCCACAUCAGCCUCCCUCCUCCACUCCCACAGCUCAGUCAGCCGGCAGUUCUGGGGUGCUUCAGAUGCACUUAGGCUCUUUAAGUGUCUCUGUCAGUAGCUGAGGAUUUCCUGUCCCUGCAAGGAUUCUCUCUCUUUCUGGCAAAAGCAGAGACAGAGAGGGACAGAGCAUAAGGAGAAGAAGAGGAAGACGGGAGGAGGAAGAGCAACAGCGGGCCAGCAGUGACCUUCGUGGUGCGGUGGCAAAGCAGAGGAAGAGGAGCUGGGAACAGGCGUAAGAUCCAGCAGGUGUGUGUCAGCACUUAAAGGAGGAAGGGCGGAGGAAGAAUCUGGAAAAGGUGCAUUUUCCUUCCGUGAGGAGCAGUGAUAUGGACACGAGGUGUGAAAAAGUCCAGCUCUCUGUGGGUGUGUGUGGGAUGUUGUGUCAGGGCUAAAGCCCAUCCCUCUCCCAUGAGCCUGUGUGCCCACGCACACACCUGGCGCCUCCACGCACACACCCGGCGCCCACACACACACUGUCGGCACUGACGCUGUGAACUGGACCCUCGGAGCCCAGCGGAGCCAAGCGGAGCGGAGUCUAGCCCAGUUGGAGCCUGAGGAUGUCAACAGAGACAGAGCUACAGCCAGCGGUCAGGCCCAGCAGUGUCAGACGGGACUCCAAAAGGAAAGGGCAGGAUCGCAGCGAGGCAACUCUCAUCAGGCGUUUUAAGGGCGAUGGCGUCCGCUACAAGGCCAAGCUCAUCGGCCUGGACGAGGUCACUGCCGCCCGUGGAGACAAACUCUGCCAGGACUCGAUGAUGAAGCUCAAGGGUAUCGCUGCAGCAGCACGGUCUAAAGGAGAACACAAACAGAAGGUGUUUCUGACUGUUUCCUUUGGAGGGAUCAAAAUCUUUGAUGAGAAGUCAGGGGUCCUCCAGCACCACCAUGCAGUCCAUGAAAUCUCCUACAUUGCCAAGGACAUCACGGACCACCGAGCCUUUGGCUAUGUCUGUGGGAAGGAGGGGAACCACCGCUUUGUGGCUAUCAAGACCGCGCAGUCGGCUGAGCCUGUCAUUCUGGACCUGCGGGACUUGUUCCAGCUCAUCUAUGAGAUAAAGCAGAGAGAGGAGAUGGAGAAGAAGGCCCAGAAAGACAAGCAGUGUGAGCAGGCGGUUUACCAGACAAUACUGGAGGAGGAUCUGGAGGACCCGGUUUACCAGUACAUUGUGUUUGAGGCGGGACAUGAGCCCAUCCGUGACCAGUCAGAAGAAAGCAUUUAUCAGGUUCCCACCAGUCAGCAGAAGGAGGGGGUCUAUGAUGUCCCAAAGAGACACCCAAAUGGACAUCCAAACACCCCCCAUCACCACCACCUCCACCAACAUCAGCAUCGUCAUUAUCAUGAACAAGCCUUCCCACAAGAACAAACUGAACAGCAGCAACAGCAACAGCAGGCAGUGGCAGAUCUUAUAGACUUAGACCUGGAUAUGGUGACUCAGAAUAUCAACCAGUUAGAGAUUUUUGGAGACAUGUCCACCCCUCCUGACAUCACUUCUCCGUCGACCCCCGCCUCUCCAGCCAACACCCUAGACCCUACACAGGGCCUGCAGCCUCCCACGGAACUGUUUGCUCCCUUCAAUCCUGCGUCUGUGCCCUCAGGUUAUGUGACGAUGGGAGCAGUACCCCCAGGCCACUGGUCCCAGCAGGCGUUUGCUGCCCAAACACCACUGGCCUUUGGUGUCCAGUCUCCUCUGGGUCCGGUGGCUCAGGUGCUGCCAGGUGGCCAGCCCCUCAUCUGGGGCCAGGCCAACAUCUUCCCUGCCACUCAGCAGCAGUGGGCAGCCAUGGCAGCCGGAGCUUUCCCACCCACAGCCUACCUCCCUGCCCAACCUGUGGGCACCCUGCCCGCUGCCAUGUUCCAGACUCUCACCCCUGUCACGACUGUGACUCCAGCCGGUGAAAGCCAUUCAGCUGCAGGAGCCAGCGCCUCAGCUCCCUCCCCUUCGGCAUCGUCGAGUCCGCAGCAUGGGGAACGAGCAAAGAAGAUGGGCAAAGAGAUGUUCAAGGAUUUCCAGCUGGCAAAGCCUCCAGCCAUGCCAUCCAAGAAGGUGGAUCAGCCCAACUUAGCAGGAACCUCAGAGGCAUUCAGCACUUACUUCAGCCGUGUGGGCACUGCCCAGGACACGGACGACUGUGACGACUUUGACAUUUCUCAAAUGAAUCUGACACCAGUCACCUCCACAACACCAUCCACCAACUCGCCACCCACCCCAGCUCCCAGGCAGAGCUCUCCGUCCAAGUCAUCAGCCUCCCAUGUCAGCGACCCCCCCACCGACGCCACAGAUCCCCCCACAGACGACUCGUUUGGGGAAGCAGAGGGCAGUCCUAGUCGCAGUGGAGAGGAGGAUGCUGUGUGUGGUUCUGGGUCGCCCUGCCCCAGUGAGACAGCUGAGCCCAGCCCAGACCAGGCCAGUCCAGAGGCUGGGAGCUAGAUAGCAGCAGGGCAGGAAGGGGAAGGACCCUCUCUACGCCCAGAUCAACAAAGGGAAGAAAUAGAGACCCACAGGAAGACAGACCUGACCAGCACCGAGAGAACAGGAAGAGAACCUUCACCUCUGUAUGUGCGUGUAUGUGUGAGUGUGUGUGCGUACGUGCGUGAGUGUGUGUGUGUGUGUGUCUACAUGUGCCUCUGUCUGGCACAGCUCCUGCCUGGCCAAGCCCUUCUCCUUCACUCCUCCUGCUAACAACCUCCCAGGAGGAGUCUCCACACUCCCUCUGCUGUCCUCCUCCUCCUGUGCUCCUCCACCUCCUCUCUGCAGUCUGUUCUCCUCCUGAGACGACAGAGGCCUCUCGGUCAUUCACUCCAGGCAGGAGGGAUAUCAAUCACUGAGACAGAUCCAGUUCUCCCUGCACUGUGCUGUCUUCUCCUCUCUUCUCCCUGUGGCGACUCAUCACACCCAGCCUUACAGAUAUAACCUGCUCUGCCCCUCUUCCCCUACUUCUUCUGCCGUCCACUCUCACACUCGUCCCUCUGCCUCCACUUGUCCCUCUGGCCGGAGACUGUGCUGCCAAGGAGGGACUGAAUCAAGCAGUGCCUCCCUGUCUCCAAACAUGCCCACACACAUGCACGCUUAUCAGGAUUAGAACGAUCAUCUUUUGUUUUCAAUGGACAGAAUCUGCGUCUGUAGCAUUGAGAUCCCACACGAGGAGCCAGACUCUAAUGGGCCUAUCAGGGAUGGCCCGUUACCGAGAAUACUGCUUCUGAUUGGUGGGUUAGUUGGUUGGUUGGUUAGUUGGUUGGUUGGUUGGUUGGUUGGUUGGGGUGUUUUCCCCAUUCUUGUGAGUGUCUGCUGGAUCACUAUGCAGAAACAGACUCUCUGGGAGCUACUCACACACAAACACACACACACACACGCACACACACCCCGAUACACACGUACUGUACACACAGCAGUCAGCCGACACACACUCACACAAACAUAAAACAGGCAUCCCUCACUUUCUCUAACACACACACACACACACACAGAGUUAUUUGCCAAAUGUCUCUCCUCGCAGACAGACUCAUCCAGAGGCCAGAGGACCAGACAUACCGAGGAAUGGACUCUGAGAGGGAAGUGUUGCGAGUCAAACAGAUUCUGUGAUUGAACUGUUCAUUCUCUAUAGCUUUUGUACAAUACCAAUUAAAAAAGAAAAAUUGAAUUUUUAUUUUAUAAGUCAAUCAAGCCGCUGGGGUCAGCUCUAUAGGAGUUAUAGAGUCUACAUGGCUUUAAGGCAUCUGAUAGUUGGUUUGCCAAACUCAUUUUGUAAAUAAUAAUAACAACCAUUUUGUCCACUGGACUUCUGUGCCAUAAAAUAGGAAGGCUUCAGUUAUGCAAACUCUUAACGUUACCCAAGCAAUACCAACAUAUGAUUUCUUUUUCCAGAUUUCACACUGUUUUCUUGCCCUGUUUUCCUCUGAAUAUUUUCUUUUUGUGCUCAAAUGUUGUAGAUCUUUGUUCUAGCCUCAUGACUAAUUCUGCUUCCAGCUACAAACAUUGCACUUUUUUUGUCCUGCCAUUAAAACUUUCUAUUAUGUCCCAACCAAAUUAACUUCUGCAGUUUAUUGGAAGGCUGUUGUUUUCUAUGCCAUAAAUUUAUAUUCAUGUUUUACAACUAUGCGUUGCAGGCAGUAAACAUGGUUUCAGUCACUGUAGCCCAGUCUGCUCCUCAGCUCCAUCCCAUAAGCCCCAAAUAGUUUUUAAGAUACAGUGAUGCUCUGCCCAUCUGUCUGUCUGUUGGUCCGGUGCCAAACUGCUGCUGAGUCCCAGUGUCUGUGUGGACUGCAGCAUCCUCUGCUACAACUACAUCAACUGUGAUGCCAAUGACUCCCUAUUUUAUGGCCAGAGUCCCCAUGUCACCUUGAGAGCUCUUUUGGACUAUGACAUUGAUUAACUAAAAAAAUUGACAACCAGGAGAUGAGCAAAGAAACUGGAUAAAAAGGGAAAAGUUGCUGUUUGAGUACAUAACAUUUCUAGACCUAUUUUAACUUUACCUCAGCUAACAGUUUCUUAAUGUAAAUUGACACAUUAUUUUUAUCUUUAUGAAUAUGACAUUCUACAGUGGGUUUUUAGAUGAUUUUUUUGUUCUCUUGAUUUAAGUAUUCCACCAUGUAUUACUGUUACAAAUAAACACAUCCCAAAUGA